CCGGGAGGCGGGCGCAGCCGAGGCCGGUGUGGCCGGAGCUCGGGCGGCGGCCGAGCUGGGGCUGCAGGAGUGGGGCGGGAGGCCAGGACGCUGCCGAGGCGGGACGUUCGGGACGUUCGGGCCGUGGGGGCGGCGAGGUCGACGUCUGGGCUGCGGCGGCGGGGACGGAAGGGGCGGCCGGGCGAGCCGGAGGGUGUCCUGUGGCGGCGGCCGAGCGCGGCACCGCCGGCUCCUGAGGGGCGCCUCGGCCCCUCGGGCCCCGGGCUGGUCCGCGGGGCCUCGGGAGCAGGGCGGGCUGCGCGCCGGGUCCGGCCCUGCCCUGCGGCCCGCCCUCGGCAUUCCGGGCCUCUGGGCCAAGCGCCCGCCGAAGGCUGCGGGUCCAGUCGCCCUGUGUGGACUUUAAGGCGCCUUGUAAUCUUUUGAAGCGCUUUGACAUCCCCAAAGGGCUCCGUACUGCAAACUAAAUCGAAGCGCUUUGUAAUCCCGGAAGCGCUUUGACAUCUCCCUAGUAGCGCUGUGCAAACUGUAGCGCUUGGUGAUCGCGGAAGCACGUUUUGGGUUUGGAAACCAAACCGACGCCCUUAGUAAAUCUCGGAUCGUUUUGACUAAGGCGAAGCGCGUUGGCAUCUCCGAAACCCUGAGAACUGUGAUGGGCAGUGGAAAAAAGGGGGAAAGGUGCCCAUGGCGUCGGAGCGGCGCAAGGUCAAGUACCACUGGAGCAGCACUUCGGAAGGGUGUCCCCGCAAGCGCAGCUGCCUCCGGGAGCCCAGUGAUGUGGCCCCCUCCAGCCGGCCAGCUCCUACCUGUGCGUCGCGUUCAGGAGGGACCAGCAGCCCAAAGCGCCUAAAAGUCCAGAAGGAGGACGAUGUGGUCUGCUCGCCGAGGUUGCCCUGGGGCUCAUCCUGCCGCAGAAAUACCUCCUCCUCUCAUUCCUCUGACCCAGGUGUGGGCGGGGCUGCCGCCAAAGGCUGCCUGAUUCGGAGCACACGGGGAUUCCUUUCGUCAGGGGGAUCCCCUCUUCGCCCUGUCAACCCCUCUCCAGAAGAAAUGGCUUCUCUAGAGGAGGAGGCCUGCAGCCUUAAGGUUGAUUCAAAAGAUAGUUCUCGUAACUCCACGAACUCUGAAUUUGCAGCUGAAGCGGAGGGUCAGAAUGAUACAAAUGAGGAACCAAACAAGGUGCAGAAAAGGAAGAGGGAUCGAUUUCGAGAUCAGGGCUCUACAGUGAUCUACUUGAAGGCUAUCCAGGGCAUCCUGGGAAAGUCGAUGCCAAAAAGGAAGGGAGAGGCUACCACGAGGCCAGUGCUGAGCAAAGGAGAGCGUCCCAGCCGUGGAGAAGAGCCAGUCAGGAGUGUCACUGUGUCUCCUCCUCCAAAAGGGAAAGAGUCAGCCCCGGAGGUGAGAGCAGAGGACGACGAAAAGGCUGAGCUGGAGAGGAGCAGCUUCUGCGACAGGAGAGUGGUAAUAGACCCUCAGGAGAAACCCAGUGAGGAGACAGCUGGUGCCCGAAGGACAGUCCUUGACAAGCACUCUCCAGCCCUUGAGUUUUUGGAUGACUCCGACUCUAAUUUAGAAAGCCAGAAGCCUAAAGAGAGGGAGGUGGUGAUAGAGCACACCUCUUCAGGAAGUGACUGGUCUGAUGUGGAUGAGGUCUCCACAGUCAGAUUCUCUCAGGAGGAGCCCAGCUCGCUGAAAGUCUCCACAGUUCCGGAGCCUUCUGCCUUCCCCACAGACUAUGUCAUGUACCCGCCUCAUCUGUACAGUAGUCCGUGGUGUGACUACGCCAGCUAUUGGACCAGCAGCCCCAAGCCUUCUGGUUACCCGUCUGUGGGCAGCAGCGGUGGCGACCCACUGCAGGUCGGGAGGAGCAUCCGGGGCCUCCUGAGUGAUUAUUCUCCUCACUCUACAGUGGGCUCUCAGAACACCUCCAGAGACCAGGAGCUGACCGAGGGCAGAUCCCAGAACUCUCGUUCAUUUCGUUUCUCCAGAAGCUCAGAAGAAGAGGUGGAGGAGAAAAGAGCACUCCAGGAGGAGGCACCCCCUCGUCCCUGUGGAGGACAUGCGUCUAGCUCCCUGCCAAGGAACCAUCGGGAGUCAGGCCUAGAGGGGGGUUUCAUUGAUACCCACUGUCACCUGGACAUGCUGUAUUCCAAGUUGUCUUUCAAAGGGUCCUUUACCAAGUUCAGAAAAAUUUAUAGCAGCUCCUUCCCUAAGGAAUUUCAGGGCUGCAUCUCUGACUUCUGUGAUCCUCGGACACUGACAGAUUGCCUGUGGGAGGAGCUAUUGAAAGAGGAUCUGGUUUGGGGAGCCUUUGGCUGUCAUCCUCAUUUUGCACGUUACUACAGUGAGAGUCAAGAGAGAAAUCUUUUGCAAGCACUGAGGCACCCCAAGGCUGUGGCAUUUGGGGAAAUGGGCUUGGAUUACUCGUAUAAGUGCACCACGCCUGUCCCAGAACAGCACAAGGUGUUUGAGAGGCAGCUGCAGCUGGCCGUAUCUCUGAAGAAGCCCUUGGUGAUCCACUGCCGAGAAGCCGAUGAAGAUCUGCUGAACAUCAUGAAAAAAUUUGUGCCCUCAGACUACAAGAUCCAUAGGCACUGCUUCACUGGCAGCUACCCGGUCAUCGAGCCCCUGCUGAAGCACUUCCCCAACAUGUCUGUGGGCUUCACUGCUGUCCUGACUUACUCCUCGGCCUGGGAGGCCCGGGACGCUCUGAAGCAGAUCCCACUGGAGAGAAUCAUUGUGGAAACGGACGCUCCCUACUUCCUGCCCCGACAGGUUCCCAAGAGCCUCUGCCAGUAUGCCCACCCAGGCCUGGCCUUGCAUACGGUUCGAGAGAUUGCGAGGGUCAAGGAUCAGCCGCUCUCCCACACCUUGGCCACCCUGCGUGAGAACACCAGCCGCCUCUACAAUCUUUAAGCAGAGAGAGUGCGGUCAGGAGAGAAAGGUCAGACUAGAAAAGGAUGACCCAGUGGCCUGGCAGAAGAGAGUCCCAGGUCAAGGAGGUGUCUGGAGAGCCUACUGGAACAGAGAAAAGCAGGACAGGAUGUUCUUAAGGCUCCACUUGGGGCUGGGGCGGGCGUGCAGCGGAGCGGGAUGCCAGUGAGGGGUGACCCCCAGGGCGGUCAGUGGAGAAGGAAGAGGUCAAAAGGAGGGUGUGGCGCAUCUGCCAAUCCUGAUCCCUGUGCUCUGUGAUCUUCGGCUCCUGUUGGUUCUCGGUUCUGAAUAUGAACUCCCAAGUAGGAAAUCUCCUCUGGAGCACAUUGGCUGGAGCGCCGUCUCAGAGGUUUACAGUACCGCCACCGCGAAGUCCUCCCCAUCCCUUCCCAGGAUGAGUCUUCAGUUUGGCUGUCCCAUCGCCGGUCUGUCACAUGUCGGCGUGGGUGGAAGACCUCGGCUGUUGGCCUCACCAGCUCCGCUGCCGGCGGCGUAGAAGGGUUGGGGGACGCUUAGUAUCUGGGGAUGUCCUGGCCGACAGGGAUCGGGAGGGGCUGGGUGCCUCAAGAAAGAGGUCUUCUUAUGGGAGAGCACCCCAGAGAAGGGGUUUCUGUUUGCUGGAGCCCCUGGGGCCGCAGCUCAUUUGUGUUUGACUGAGAUUGGUCCAGUUUGCGGUGGAUGCGACCUCCCACUCUGCUGUCAGGGGCCCCUGCUGCCCGUUCCUCAAUUUUUGCCCCAUUCUCCUGGAACACUGGACCAAGAAUACUCCUGUUUGACCCCAUGGGACAGCCCCCUGUGUGCCCCACCCAGGUUGAGAGGUAAACCAAUUUAAUUCUUCAAAACUCUGCGGGGCCUCUCAGCCCCAGUCUCCAGCCUGUGCAGAACAAGCAGGCCUGGGUCUGCCUUCCACUCCCCUCCCGGGGCUCUCCCUGGCCUUUGCCUCUCUGAGUCCUUUCUCCGUAUUGGAAGUGAGAGCCUCUCCUUUGACUUUGGAGCUGUCUGGUCAUCAAGUUUUCAGCUCUGUUCUGUUCCCUGCUGGUAUAUCUGUUACAGGCCCUGGAAGGUUGUAAUGGUCAGGGGUUACGUUUGAGGACGCUCUGCACUUUGUCUAAAAGGAUCCUUUACUCUGAUCUCCCACCGUGAGACAGGACACCCUGAGCCCCUUCUCUGUUUCCUGGAGGCGAGAGGCUUAAAUCAUAAAACCCAUCCCUUAAUGCUGGAUUUCUCUAGGUGUUUUCAGAAGGUGCAUCUGAGCCUCGCAAGCAAAAAGGGAACAGACUCAACAUUUCCUGUCUGGUGUUUUUGUUUGGCCUGGUACGCCUGUCACUGGCCUGGGAGGUAGGCCUUGAUUCACGGUCGACCUUCCACAGGUCAGCCGUGGGUUUUCUGGGCUUCUUGUUUGCCAGUGGGGACUUGUCCUCCUGCUUGGAGGAAUCAGAGGACUGAGUAUUUCAGAAUGCUUUACUGUCGCCCCAACGAACUGCAGCCUGUCCAGCCCCUUCACCACAAGCCCUGUACGUCAGUACUGCCCAUGCUGGCAGCGGAUGGGCCCUGCUCUGGAGGGUUCCAGGGGAGGACAGAGUGGAUGUCCUCAAGCCUUUGUGGCCUCCUGCCAAGGUAAAGCACAAGGUGCUAUAUACUUUCACCUCUAGGAUUUAAGAUGGUCAUUUCUGAGUGUCACCAGUGAAACACGACUGGUGUGGGUGCAAAAGCCGGUGGGCACUGUUUUUGAUUCAAUUUUUGGUUGGCUGACGUGAUUGUGUUUGCUGUGCUGCUGGAAUGCAUCUGUAUUUCCCCCCACCCCCACCCCUUUUGGCCAUCUCUUUCUGUAAAUAAAGUGAUUGGUCUUCAGCCA